AGGGAUGUCUUUACAACAGGAAUAAAAAAAAAUAUCGAGAAUCUCCGAAUAAAACUCAUCCUUUUGUUGUAUCUGUCGCAGUGAAGUACAAUGGCGGUUUGGAGAUCAUGCCGAAGCCACAUCUAGCAUUUCAACAGUGCGAGCCACUGUGGAAAAGUAAAUACCGCAUUAUCUGUGUUCACGGUAUAAAAAGUGAGUGUAAAAAAUAUUGAAAAAUUUCAAUUGAAUAAUUGAUGUGUGACGGAGGGACCCAGUGCACGUAAACACUGGAGUAAUCAUAUCAACUCGAAGUAAAUAUAGUGUGAGUGAAGUAUUGGGUGAAGAAGUUGUCAACAAUUCAUUUCUAACCUACACCUCUAAUCGGAAAUUUUCCUUAUCACCGAGACGUACAACGGAAGGUAACCAUGAUAUUUUCGUAGAAUAUUGGGAGAAUUUUUAUAUUUCAAUCAGUUGAUAUGAGUAAAGAAGAAAUGAAUAAUCCUGUCGUGGCAGAGGCUGGAGCUUUUGGUAACGAUUCUAAAUCUGAUCUUGAAGUCAUCAAGAAUGACUCCAAAUCGUCAGAUUCUGAAGUUGUAAAAAAUGAUUCUCAAUCGUCGAUUUUAGGAGUCAUAAAAAAAGAUUCUGAAUCGUAUGAUUCGGAAAUAAAAACAAACGAUUCUAAUUCGUCAGCUCCAGGGAUCAUAAAAAAAGAUUCUCAAUCGUCAGAUUCAGGAGUUAUAAAAAAUGACUCUGAAAAAUCAAAUCCAGAACUGAUCAAAAAAGAAAUUACGAACUGGACAGGAAUUCAAGAUAUUGUAGAGGAGAAUAAUUUGGACAAAUCGGAGCCCCUGAAAACUGAAAAUGGGAAGAACGUGAAGAACGAGAAGCUCGUCGACGAGAAUUCCCACGAGGAAAUGGACCAGAAGGGUUCAACCCCUGAGAAAUCGAGUGAGAAGACCCCAGAGUCAAUGGAAACUGUCCCUGAACCUGUCCCUGAAACUACAACUAAAUCUGAAUCGUCCCCAGGGAAAAAUCCACCAGAAAAUGUUCAAACACUUCUCCCCAAGUCCGAGGAAUCCCCUGAAGAUCCCUCAAAGUCUCGGGGAACAGAACAAGCCUCAGACCCUGAAGACAAGGAGACAAUUCACCUGAUAGAGGAGACAAUAGUGAUCCCAGAGGUCCAGGAGCCUGAAAAAACGGAGGAGACAAUCGAGUACAACGUGAUAGAGUACGCAGAGCCGUCCCUGACGCCCCCCGAUUCAUCCCCAACACUAGAUCGUCAAAAUGGUCCAUCGAGUCCCCCGGAGCCGAAGUCAGAGGGUCCCGAAGUAAAAAAACGAUCAGUGAUCGAGGUAAUUUACGAUGACUGGAGCGAUGGUAACGUCGAGGAGGAGGAGAUUGCCUCGAAGGUAGAGGAUCCCGUUGAGGACCAGCUGAAGUGCCUCCUGGACGAAAAAUCUUCGAGAUCCCCGAAGACGAGGACGUCAUCCUCGAAGGCCCAGUCGGUGACACCUCCAGAGGCGUCAGAAUCACCAGAGGGUUCAGUCAAACGAGAGGAGACCAAAGAGAGCCCCCACGAGCCUUCGUCGGACAGCAAAGACCUUCUCGCCAUCCUCGAGGGGGACGUGGACCCCGAGUGGACAAACCUCAAGCCCCCGACCCUCACAGUCGAGCCUAAAUCUGAGAACCAGACGUCUGAGGUUAAAGAAAUCGAGACCAACAGCCCACCGAAGCUCGAUCCUCUCGUCGAGAGGCAAUUGGCACUGAAACAACUCCUGGAGUUGCCCAUGACCUCGAAAAAAUCAAGGAUAUCCCCGAGGAAGUCUCCAGUGGUACCCAAGCAAAUCCUGGACGAAGACGAGACCAUAGAGGAAUUUAAAAUCGAUGAGACGAGGUCUGGGAGAAAGCGGAAGCCCACGGAGAAGGCGAGGGAGCACGAAAUCACGGCGAAACGACAGAAGGUCAAGCCUGUGAAAACUCCAAUGAAAAAAUCUGAGAAUCCUUCCUCUCCUGGACCUCAAGAUACAGAUAUCGAGGAGGCAGAGACUCCCCGAAAGACCCAGAGGGAUUCGAAACUGGUGAAACCCGUACCAGUAGCGAAAAAAAUCGUUCGCAAAGUCCCGAAGAUGCAGAGCUCUGGGAAAUCCUCGAGGAAGUCCCCGGAGGGUGCAGUUAAGCGAAAAAAAUCAGUCAAUGAGAUCGAUCGACUCCUUCAGGACGAGGGAGUCGUCAAUCUGCUAUACGAUGUGGAGCAGCCAGGUAAGAGGCGUCUCGUGCCUGUCACAAAGUCCCAGGCAAAAGUGAUGGAUAUUCAAAAAGUCCAGAGGGAGUUGAAGAUACGAACAAAACUCGUGAAGAAUGCGGUUCUCAGGUUGAGAACGUCAGCUGCCCCUGGGCCAAAAGCUCCUAGAGCAAAGAGAAUUUCCGCUGGAAGUGUGCCGAUGGAGGAGGAGCCACUGAUAACACCAUCGAAAACACCUCCAGGGGAGUUUCUGUUCCCUGCGAAGAUCAGAAAUGCUGCGGACGCUUCUAUCAUCGUCAGGCGGCACUCCUCGAGUUCUUUUUCGAGUGCUUCAGGUAGUCCGAGGGUGAGUGUCGACGACAGGUCGAGUUUGGAGGAGAGGGGGCACGGAAAGAGGCGGGACCAGGAGAAAAGGAAGGAAUCCAAGAAAAAGAAGUCGGUGGAGAAAGUGGAGAACGAAGUCCCCCAGAAAAUUGUGAAGAAGUCGUCGCCAGGGAAGUCCAAGCCCAUCGACAGGAAGAAGAUGCCAAAGCCGAAGGACGAGGAGAUCGAUGAUGAGAAAAAUGUGAGGACCAAUGGAACCGCUGGCAAAAUCCCGAAGGUCAAGAAGACCCAGAGGAGCAAGGUGACAUUCGCCAAGCACGACUUGGAGGAAAAAUCGGAGGACGAUCUUCUCGAGGGCCUGAACGAGACCCAGGACGAGGAGGACGAACUAUCGGCGUGUUUAGCUGAGGCUGUGACUGCUUUAGCCAGUGAAUCCUCCAAUCGAGGGAAGAAUUCUGUACUUAACAGAAAAGGAAAGACCAAGGACCAGAGGAAAGAGGGAAAAACCGUGUUCAGCAAUAAAGAGAUCAAUGUCCAGAGACACGGGAAUCUCGUCCAGUUGAUCCUCACCCCCUCGACAACUUCGAAAAUCAGGAAUGGUAUUACCCUCCCGAUGAUGCAGGAGUUCAAAGAAGUGCUGUCGAUCCUCAAGAAGGAUGAUGACUGCAGGAUCGUUCUCCUGACGUCUACGGGCUCGAGUUUCUGCGAGGGCCUUGACCUCGAGAGCCUCCUCGAGGGCGAUAAGGACCUCAGGAGGGCAAAUGCUCAAUUACUUGCUGAUGGGGUCAAAGACUUCAUCAAGAGUUUAGCUACUUUUAAUAAACCCAUUGUCGCCGGGGUUCAGGGCUCUGCUGUUGGUUUGGGUGUCACCAUGUUGCCUCUUUUUGACCUCGUCAUCGCGAGUGAUAAGGCCUCCUUCAGCACACCUUAUGGAAAAUUAGGACAGAUCGCUGAGGGUGCCGCUGUUUUUACGCUGUCGCACGUCCUGGGGACGGCUGUGACGAGUGAACUUCUCCUCGGGGGCAGAACUCUCACUGCUAAUGAGGCACUCAGGGCUGGGCUCGUUACCAGGGUUUUGUGGCCUGAUCGCUUUCAUGUGGAGCUGUUGCCUUCUCUUCGAGCCAUGAGUGAACAAUCCUCUCAGUCUAUGGAGGCGACGAAAGCACUUCUUCGUCACAGCUUGAGAUCAAAAUUAUCAGCUGCUCUGGAAUCUGAGAGCUAUCUUCUGGUACAACACUGGUGUUCAACGGAAUGUCAAAAUGCAAUCAGAGCUUACAUGGAUGAGAAGGUACAAUGAAUUUGAAAAAAAUAGAUACUGCAGAAUCGCAUCAGAGAAAUAUUAACGAUUAAUAAGAGAGAGUAUUUAAAUUAUUUUAAUAUCCAGCGGUGGAGUUGAGAGCAAUAGAGUAAUUCGCGAACAAUCAUUGGAUCGGAUAAUUUUUUUAAAUGCUCUGUAAAUUUCGCAAUCUGAGGCUGUAAUUAGCUUCGAAAAAUUUCGCAAACAGUCUCGUUUUUGGAGUCGUUGGCCUUGUUCAUUACAAAAUUUUUAUUGUCUAUUCUAUUAAUCUGUAUGUAUAAAUAUUCAGUUAUUCUAAUUGUAUUAAUUGAAAUUUAUAAUUAAUUUUAGGGAGAUGAUUGAUCAAAGAGACGAAACAAAAAAAUUUAUUCCAGUGGAUGUAAUUUUCUUGUUUUGUUUGUUCUUCUUUCAUAAUUUUCAAU